AUGCAUGAACACCUUACACUAUGCACCUCGGGCUGCUUCCGCUCCGAUUUGGUUCUUUCCUUCUAUCAACGGCACCAGACGUCUAAUUCUUCCGCCACAUCACGCUCUCAUUGCUCUGGUCAACAAACUUCCUACAGUGCCAACUUGAGAGAACACCUGAUCCUACUCACCGGUGUGAACACAGCUACUCCACGACCAAAGAUAUUUCCCCCGCUGCUCCCCCGUGUAACAUUUCAAGAUUUCGGAAAACAGAUUCAGCGCAGGCAACUCGAUCUUCCCGAAUAUGCGGCUAGCUUUGUCAACUACAAAGCUUUGAAGAAGCUCAUCAAACACCUGAGUGCUACCCCGACGAUUGCAGCGCAGGGUGCUCCUCCGGCCGAUCUUGAUCCUCAGUCAGCCUUGCGCGCCAAUAAAGAGGUGUUCUUCUUCCGUUUGGAACGCGAGAUCGAAAAGGUCAACGCAUUUUAUGUGCAAAAAGAGUUAGAGUUUUCUACACGGUUGAAGACGCUUUUGGAUAAGAAACGUGUCGUGCAGUCUCGUGCCCAUGCAGAUAAAAAAGCACCGACGUACUUCGUCUCCCUAUUCGAGGGUUUUUUGCAAUUCGACAGUGACUUGAAUAAGCUGCAGCAAUUCGUGGAAAUAAAUGAAACUGCCGUUUCGAAGAUCCUCAAAAAGUGGGAUAAAACAUCAAAGUCUCGAAUGAAAGAACUGUAUCUCCAACGCGCCGUGGAAGUCCAACCAUGCUUCAAUCGAGAAGUUCUCCGCGAUCUAUCAGACAGAGCAACUACGGUGCGAUUGGAUCUAGAAGCCUGGGCAGAGGGAGAGAAUAUCCGAUUCGAUGUUGCUCGUACAACAGAACGGACAGAAACAGAGUUGAAGGAUGAAGACGAACAGACGGACCUUCAGGUCCUCCACAUGGCGGCUGCUGGAAAUAUUACUGCACUACAAGAGUGGAUCACGAAACUUAGGACUACCCCAGAUGCUCGUGACCGAAUAACUCGUUUGUUCUUGUCCGCCGUUACCGACUUUUCGGAUGAGAUUCUCGAGGCUAUUCUAGAAAGCGGUCUCGUGGACCUACACGCAGAGGAUGACAUUAACGGACGCAAUUGUCUCCACGAGGCAGCAAUUUCGGGACAGACUUUUGUUUUCGAGGCUGGACUCAAGAAUAACGUUGACAUCUCCACGCCCGAUGUCUACGGCAGGAUUCCACUUCACUAUGCUUGUAUACAUGGACGUGCGGAUAUGGUGCGAAAACUUCUUGCUGCCGCCCCUGAUACGGUGAAUAGUCUCGAUCACGACAACUUCACACCUCUCAUUCACAGUAUCGUGCGAAAUCGACUAGAAUGUGCGGAACUGGUGCUUAACAACGAAGCGAGGAUUAACCCUACUUCCGACACUGAUCACAUCCCUCUGAAUCUUGCCUGUCAGUAUGGAACUGUUGCCAUUGCGGAAAUACUGUUACAAAAGGGAGCUACUCUACUUCCAGACGCCGAGGGUCUUUAUCCUCAGCACCUAGUCGCUCGCUCUGGCCGAGCUCCAGAGAUGUUGGCAUUACUCAAGAAGUACGGUGCGGAUUUGGAUCAGACCGACAAGCUCUAUCAAUGGACUCCGUUAUUCCACGCCGCUAGUGAAGGUUGUGUGAGUUGUCUGCGUACCCUUCUUGAACUUGGUGUGGAUACCUCUGUUCUAGACGAAAAAGGACUAUCCGCCAUGUACUACGCUGCCUGGGAAGGACAUCUUGAAUGUAUGGCUCUACUCUGGUCGAAGCGAGACCCAUCAUUACCACAUCGCCCUCUCGUCAGUCACCAGGUCGUACCUCAAAUUGGUAGCACGACAACUGGUUACGAUGGUUUCCGCACCGACACCGGCCCAUCGGCGUUUAGUUCUGAAGGCCCCGAUGGUAUUCCUGAUCUCGAACUUCCUCCUCCUAUAAUCCCACUACGGCGUUACGGCCAUAACUUCCUAGACACCAAGGCUUUUGUUCAGAUUUAUUUCGACAUAUCCGAACGUGGGCCGAUUGUUUUCGACCAGAGUGGACGGCAUCCGGCUUCACGUCUUACCAUGUCCUCUAAGCUCUCGGACGUGAUCCCUCGCACCAUCAUGCUUCCCAUCCAGGAAGAUUCGCGGAUUGUCACAUUCCAGGUCGACACCCUGGAGAACUUUGUCAUUGAAUUCGAGAUAUUCCCUACCUUUGGCUCCAAGGUGAUAGCAAAGACAGUGGCUCUUCCAUCUCUCUUCUCCGCAGACAGUUCGAGUGCAGGAAGCUGCUCCCUGCCAUUAUUUGACCCAAGAUUGCGCUCCAUCGGUCAGAUUCGCUUCGACUUUCAAGUCAUCAAACCUUACUAUGGCGACCCUCUGGAAAUUACACAUUUUGCUACCUACUGGAAAGCCACAAAUGCAAUUGAUGCCGACCACAAUGGCUUGAUCACCGGCUCAAGUCUAUCCGGGGACUAUGUGCAGCUUUUUGUACAACUUACAAAGGACAGAAAACCUGUGCUUUAUCCCAUGUUCUCCAUCAACCAUUUCGGUAUCGACAUUCCCAUUUGCACGAUCACGUACGAACAGUUCACAAAAAUUGCUCGGGAACGUGGUAUCGACACUAAAGCAGUACUUGAAAGUCUGCACUCCAAGACGCCAAAUGACAUGGCUUCCAUUCACAAACAGCUCGCAAACUCUUUCUUGUCUCUACAAGAUGUUCUCUUGCAUCUUCCUACCGGCAUCCAUGUCAAUCUCACCGUUCUUUACCCAUCACCCGCUGAAGAAAAGGAGCUCAGCUUAAGUUCCUUAGCGGAUAUCAACACCUUUGCGGACUGUAUUCUUCAUGUUGUUUUCGACCACGCCAGGGCAUCGCGCGAGAAGAGCCCGGACUUUAUGCGGUCGGUUGUCUUCACUUCGUAUAACACCAAUAUCUGCACAGCUUUGAACUGGAAGCAACCCAAUUAUCCGGUACUGCUGUGCAACGACCUGGGACAGAUUGGAGACUUCACUCGAGAGGCCAGCACGUCCACCGCAAUCGAGUCUGAUGGUCACACAUCCAUGUCUAUCAAGGAAGCCGCCCGUAUUGCCCAAUCUAACAAUUUCAUGGGUCUGAUUUGUCGGUCUAGUUUAUUGAACGUUAUGCCAGCCCUCAUCGAAACAAUCAAAGAGCAGGGUCUUGUGCUGAUUGCCGACACCUCCGAUGAAUCAGGAAACCCGCCAUUGAAAAUAAAUACCGCGAGAACGGCCACAGAAUGGGCGUAUAGGACACCAGAGGGCGUCAACGGUGUAAUGAAAGCUACCGGAGUGCUUCGCUUUAACGAAAGUAUCGAUAUGUGA